UGGACAGUGGUGUUCGGCGACAACAGAUGAGAAAAAAAUAAGUGCUAUUGUUAACAAGACGUCUCAGCUGGACUAUACUUGCAACCGCGAGAAAGAAUGGCUUGCCUGAAGAUUUAUAUUGUUCUACUAUUGGCCGUUGCAAUCGGUGUGGUAGUUGCAAAACCAGGAUAUUUAGGCUACGGAUAUGGCUUGUAUCCGUAUGCAUACGGUUACAGAUAUCCAUUCUACGGCUAUGGCCAUGGCUAUGGCCAUGGUUAUGGCCAUGGGUACGGACAUGGAUAUGGUCAUUAUGGAUACGGUAUGAUUUAUGGAUAUCCGUUCGGCUACGGGCAUUACGGUCACUAUGGCUAUUAUUAAGGUGGACAUAAAAUUACUUUCUUCUGGAUUCUCUGGAACAUCAUCCGAAGAAUGAGUUUAGUUCAGAAAAAAUCUAUGUCGCUUUUUCUCUAUUAUAUAUUUUUAACGCUAAGUCUGAUUGAACGCCAAGACUAAUACAAGAUAUUAAUACGUCUGCGAAAAAAAUAUUGAAAAAGUACAAAGCUUCUUUUAAAGAAAUUAUAAAAUCGCACAUAUAACAUAUUAUAUAAGGUACUUGUCAUAAAUAUAAUUUUAUUAUAAAAUGUGAAUAUAUAAAGAAAAUAAA